CUACUAUUUGAUAACCAUUCAGUCUGUUAGCAGUGUGAAACAAGCCUUUCUGUCAAUUAUGGAGUAGUAUCACACUUAUUUUCUACUCUAAGUAAAGCUGCCAACAUCAAAUUGCUUGGCCAUGGGGAUCAUAUUGUUCAUGAAUAGAUGAUGAUCGAGGCUGCAUUGUACUUCCUUGAGCCAGGAUUAAAACAUCUGUAAUGAGCUUCAAGGGCGGGCGAGGUACGAGCUGUCACUGCUAAAGUCCAACCAGAAGGGGGGAAGCUGGGGCUUGAGAUGAACGGAACAUUCUGAUCUCAAGCGCAGGUUUAUUUACUCGCCGGUUGUUAAUCUUCAGACAUGAUCUGUUGCUGUUUAUCUUCCACUCAUCGUCCACUUCAAAUGAGUUGAUGUGUAAUUACAAGAGGCUUGUAUCUCAAUCAUCGCUAGCGAUUGUUACGAAGGGGCCUAGCAACCCUUCGUAACCAUGGAGGAACUAGAGAGAGACGAUACCAAAGAGAAGAUGAUAAUGGUUCCUAAUGGGAAGCGGCUCAAUGAGGAGGGAGGAGGAGGAGGGAGGAAUGAGACUAAAGAUAAAAUGAACGAGAAUAACAUGGGUAAUCAUGAUGAGAAUAAGGUUGGGGAGUCACUCUCGUUGAGUAAGGCUACCUUACAACCAAAGCAACGCCCUCGCUUGAUGAGCUUUGAGGAGGCGGUUGCCGGGGAAACCAUGGCACGCUGCCUGGCAGAUUUCACACAUCGCAACAAGCACCAGGCAAUUAUAACCAGAGGCCGUCAGAUGCCUCAGCAGUUUGGACGUUCGCUGAGUUACAGCAGCAAUGCUUCGCGAUUCAGCAACGGUCAUACCCAACAAAGAGGGCACCCCAACGCACCGAGUCUUGGAACGGGGCGACGGAUGCACACCCUGACUCCUACAUUAGAACGUUCCAGCGCUUCGCAGGAGUUUGUUCAAGAAAAGAGAAUAUUUCGUCAGAUCAGCGAGCCAGCAAUGCUCAACUGUUUUGUUGAUGAUAAUGGACCACAGAAUCUAAAUCGUAGUCGUAGCAAUAAUACUGGAUUCACCGGUGAGACUCAGGAUAGCAGUGUUGGGGGAAGCUGUAAUGCUAUUAACCGCCAGAGGCAUGCAAGCCCUCACCCCAGUCGAAGGCUGGCAUCAUCCCGCGGCAUGUCAUACAGCGAGCAAGUCAACUCUAUCAAUGAUAACAUACAUGGAACAAACGGCUUGAACCAUGCGCAAUCAGAACCAAAGCUCCGCGAUCCACCUCGUCUGAUCGUCGUCGAUAUACCGCUGGAAUCGGACGAGUCAAGUUCAACGGGGAGAGCGGUGCCGGGUAAUAAUUCCAACAUGACUGAAAUGAAUCUCACACCUCCAGAUGGUAUGGCCCUUAAUGAGAACUGCUCUCAGUUAAUUGAAGAAACAGACUUGAAGGUCAGAAGAGGCCAUACCAGCGAUGACAACUCAUCAACUCACAAACCUCAAAUAGAAGAUAUCUGGACCAGGAGGGAAGAUUUUGUGCCACCUAAUGGCGCUAUUCCAAGCAAAGCACUAGAUUUUCAGACACUGAAAAGCAAGUGCAAUUUGGAGAGCGGAAAAGUGCAGGUGGCACACCAGGGUGCCCUCUCGCAAGAGGAUAGACUAGAUAAUGCACCCCCAGGAGGGGGAAUGGUCUCAUCGAGGGAUAAUUUGAUUUGUACUACAGAGAGUGGAAUGAAUGGAAUGUACCACGAUGAAGAGGAGGGGGGUGAGUCGAUUGGGGUAUAUGAGGCCAUGGAGCAUACUACUGAUAGUGAGACAUGCGAUAGCUCCUCCGUGGACAGCAGAAAUGAUAUGGUGAGCUUGGAUAGAGCACCGUACAACAUGCGAGGGACCAAUAUGGAGUGUAGGAGUGCGCCUUUACUCCGAAAACAAGUCAGUUUUGAUCUUUCCCUCACCUUCUUUGACGAUGACAUCCUCAAUGGCCGAUCCGGUCAGUCUCUGGACUCCCUUGGCAAAUCCUCCCCUUGGUUCAAGCGACUUCGUCUUCCGAACCGAAGCCGCAGUGAGGGUCGAGUCGAUGGGUGUUCCUUGGACGACGUGUUUGAAGAGCCGGAGGAGCCCCGACCCAAAUCAGGCACCUUACCUCGGAAUAUUGGAUCUACUCUCUUUAAGGAUGAUACGCACGUGGAUAAACCUCAAGUCAAAUUUAACGGUGGAAAACCGAAAUCUAGUACGCUACCAGCCUCAUACCGCGCAUUACCUCAGAGUAAAUCCAGCAUCUUGCAACCGGAUUUCUUUGUUCGCAAAAACGAGAAAUAUCCCAAACCGCGCAAGAAGGAUCAUGGGAAGGUGAAAACACCCAAGCAACGCUCCCAUUCUGAUAAGAACCCGUACAGCUGUGAGAAGCGGGAGAAGCGCUCGUCCGUUAUCAUGGAGGAGGUUGAUAUCCUCGCCCAAACGGCGCCGACCAGCAAGAAACCGUUUUCGGGAUUGCGUCGGAUGCUGUCGCGAGAGUCGAUACCAAACAAGCAGGAGAAGGUGAUGCGGAGGAGGAGUAAGAGUGAAUCGUGUAUGCUACUUCCAUUGGGUAACUGUAAGGUGUGUGACUCUAAGGUGCAGAGAGGAGAUGAGGUGGCCAUGCCAGCAGAAGACAUCAUUCACAAGAGAUGCUUCAAAUGUGCAGAGUAAGUUUCUCACUUUUUAACAAAUAAUUUAUUCACUUGCCUGUUUGUCUAUGCUGUUUCGAAUGAAAUAUGAAUAGCGUCAUAAUGUU